CUCAAGGAAAUCGUGGCAAGAUGGCGUCCCUGGAUCGGGUGAAGGUUCUGGUGUUGGGAGACUCAGGUGUUGGGAAGUCUUCACUCGUCCAUCUUCUGUGCCAUAAUCAAGUGUUAGGAAAUCCGUCGUGGACUGUGGGCUGCUCAGUGGAUAUCAGAGUUCAUGACUACAAAGAAGGGACCCCUGAAGAGAAGACCUACUAUAUAGAACUCUGGGAUGUUGGAGGCUCUGUGGGCAGUGCCAGCAGCGUGAAGAGCACAAGAGCCGUGUUCUACAACUCUGUAAAUGGUAUCAUUUUAGUUCACGACUUAACAAAUAAGAAGUCAUCUCAAAACUUAUAUCGCUGGUCAUUGGAAGUUCUCAAUAGGGAUGCAGUUCCAACCGGAGUCCUGGUGACAAAUGGGGAUUAUGACCGAGAACAGUUUGCUGAUAACCAGAUCCCACUGUUGGUGAUAGGGACCAAACUGGACCAGAUCCAUGACAGCAAGCGCCACGAGGUUCUAAUCAGGACUGCUUUCCUGGCUGAGGACUUCAACGCAGAAGAGAUUAAUUUGGAUUGCACAAACCCACGGUCCUCAGCUGCAGGCUCCUCCAAUGCUGUCAAGCUCAGUAGAUUUUUUGAUAAGGUUAUAGAGAAGAGAUAUUUUUUUAGAGAAGGUAAUCAGAUUCCGGGCUUCUCUGAUCGGAAGCGGUUUGGCGGAGGGGCACUGAAGAACUUCCACUGUGACUGAGCCGCCCUCAGCCCUGGAGGAGCGAGGGAGCAACAGCAGCGUCCACGCCUCCUCGUGCUGCAUCGGUCAUUAACUUCUCAGGCUUUGGUAAAAAACAUCUCAAAAUGCUACCUCACCUCUCCUGGAAAAUGGAGAGGAAGCAGCAGCGGCACAGAAGGUCCUAGCUCGGCCCCGCCCCGUCCCUGUACUCCUCACCGCCCGGCCCUGUUUAUAGCUUAUGUAAAAGCCUUGUGUGCUCCUGUCAAACCCGUGCAGUGAAGGACUGGAGGCAGGGGCUGCAGACAAGGCUGACUCUCGCUUGGAACCAGAGGGUUCUACAGGCCUGCGAUUUUCCCACACUCGCUGCCGAAUUAAGUGCUUCAGAAACAUAUCUGUGUUGUUUUACCUUCCUGAGGGGAAAGGUCAUGUUAAUCAGCCCUGAGUUAUCCACCCCAAACCAUCUCUGUCAUUUUAAGAGAAGCCAAAUGGUGUUAUUUCAUUUUCUCCGUCCUCAUUACCACAGAUGCCUAAGAAUAGCAGCCGGUCUCCUCUGCUCUCUCUGGGAAAGGCUUAGUGUCUGGGAGAGGGAGAGAGCGAUGAACUAGUAGGUGGAGUUAAAUAGAAAUACAAAUUAAUAAUACAUGGAGAACAGACCAGAAAAGAAGGGUCUGUGAGACACCGACAGCCCCUCCGCUCUGUGGGUUGCAGCUAUCAGGAAGGCUCUGUCUUCUUUCCAUUUGGAAAUUGGGUGAAAUCUGAGACCCUCAACAACGCCAUAAGACAAAUUUAUUGGUGUUUUUUUUUUCCUUUUCCAAGUUUGGUUGUUGUUCUGUUUAUUUGUGACGAAAUCCAGUUCCUGAAAUGCACCUUAAUAUGAUGAACAGUAAACUAAUAAUAUUAUCCUUAUGUUAACAAUGUAAUUAUGAGAAAGUCAAUUAAGUUCCAGAGUUAACACAUUCACAUACAUUAUGAGCCAGUGUUUGAGAUUUCAUAAUCAUGACACACCUUUUUGGCGGUGGUGUGAAUGUCUAUGUUUGCAUCAUUGCUCAUCAUUGUUUUUUAGCCCAUCUCUUGCUGGUUUAAUCUUUCGGCCCAGUUCUGUAGUUUAUAAAAUUGGUUGCCAAAAAUGACUGUAAUUGGCUGCCGUGUUCCACACCUUGUUUCCAGAUGCUUCUGUCUCUGCAGCAGAGCUCUGCUCCCUGGUUUAUACCAAAUUAAAAAAUGAUAGCGUGAAUACACAGUUUCAUUUCUUUUAAAACCAGGUGAAAACUACUUUCCUGUUGCAUUUUAAUUAAACUUCAGAAGGACUCUGGAAGUCAGGAUAUGCUGGAAGGGAGUAUUAGAAACUCGCAAAGGCGGCCUUGGGGAUUUGAAAAGUAGUUCUCCCGAGCUGGGCUGCCCUCCAUCUUUACCUCCUCACUGGGGAGACCUAGGCCCUGUUUCAUCGGGUUGGUGAUUUGUUUGUUCUCUGAUGUAAUUAGUGUUAUGCAAAUCAUUGUCCAUGUAGAAUUCAGUACAAGUGUAUUGGGGCAGAGGCCUGGCUGGGAAGAUAGAACCCAAAAGCCUCACAGAGCCCUACCCAUAAUGUCUAACCUCUCCAUGACUGCAGCUCAGUGAUAAGCACUUACCUAGCACGUUCGAGGUGUUAGAGUUGAUUCCCAACAUAAGACUUUUAAUAAAAAACAAGUAUGUUAAAACCCA